CUAGACGUAAGAUCUCGGUUGCAAGAACCACUGCAAUGAUAACAGUUGAGCUUGUCAUGACAGCAACACAAACGCUUCACGCAUUUCAGGGAGAAGGCAGUGAGUGAUUUUCAAACGGCCUGAAGGCGUAAAGGCUAACGCUUGUUCUCAAUAGGAACCUUGGAGUGAUCAUAGCUGAACAGGUCUCAGUACCUACUCUUCCGGUCAUCAGAUUUUUCCACUUGCACUCGAGAAUGCCAGCGCAAGCUAGUCAAAUCGAAGUUACUUCAUCCCUGGUAGCAGCUACCUCCGCCGUGGGCCCUUUCAAGACGAACGACGCCCCAGAUGCGUAUGCAAGCAAGAUCUCACUCAACAAGAAGCCCUUCCUUGAGUUCUUAAGCACCUUCGAGUGGAAGGAACCUGCUAGCGACCCCAAUCAACAGCUCUUGGACAUUGGGUGCGGAACAGGGGAUGUGACCCGAGAGCAUAUCCUACCCAGGUGCCCUCCAUGUCGGCGGAUUGUGGCCGUGGAUUUCUCACCCAAAAUGCUUGAAUACGCGAAGGAACACUAUGCGCACCCGCUUAUUGAAUACCAACUGCUCGACAUUAGUCUUGACGUGGAGAGCUUCCUGGCUGAAAAUGGAACGUUUCAGCGUGUGUACAGUCUGAGGGCGCUGCACUGGGCCAAGGACCAGGCCCGAGCGUUUGUCAACAUUUCCCGACUGAUGGCACCCGGCGGAGAAUGCCUCCUGCUCUUCUUGGGUCGCUGCGAUACAUUCCACUUCAUUCGUCAAAUGGCACAGCUGGAGCCCUGGACAAAAUAUCGCGAUGUUUUUGAAAAUGCAGUGCCAAAGACACAUGAUAUGGCCGACCCGGAUGCGCUACGGUCGUAUGUGGAGAACCUUGUUAUCUCAGCCGGUAUGACUCUGAUCAAAUUGGAUAUCUGGCAAAGAAAGUCUUCGUUUCUGGACACGGAAAGUGCCGUUGAAAUGUUCCUGAUGGCCAAUCCCGUGUCCCCCAUGCUACCGGAAGAGGAGAAGGCGCGAUUCAUAGAAGACGCGAGGAAACAUGUGCCUGCAUGGCGUGAUGAAUACCAGGAGAAUAAUCCACUUGCAUUCGCCAGCUUCGUAGUGCAUGCAUCAAAGCCUUAAUGUUCGCUCUAAUAAUACAGAAAUCUUUUCUUUAAACAGCUAAAAUCUCUGCGGUGGCGUACGAAUUUCAGAUAACUUCCAUUUAAACGCAAAUUAUUACGGUUCUUCUGAAGAAUGCACCUAACGGAUGCAUUCAUUAUGACAUUUAACAACACUUGAAGAAAAAAAUGCUGUGAGUCGUACAUUCUUUUAGCGUGCGGAGCGCUAUAAUUCAUUUCUGGAGCACAGACCAAGGACAUCUUCUAAGACCUCUUUAUCGGUAUCCUGGGAGCGUUUACCAAUGACCUUGAGGUAUCCGCGUAAGUCCUUGCUAAAAGAAAUGUGCACUGUAUUAACAAUAGUUCAACGCUUAACACACAGCCAUUAAACAAAAAAAAAUUAGGUUAUUUUUCUCACAAGCAGCAGUCAAUGAUUUCACGCGUUUCGGUAAAAAUGUUGUAUACGUGUUAAAAAAAUAGGUAAAAGAGCAGCGAGGCAGAGUUCACUGAGGUCCGUUCACAGAAUAACACGAAAAACAAAACACACAAAAUACAGUCCCGUCACCCAACACUAUUGUUCACUUUAAAAGUAGCUACACCAACACCGUCUAUGCUGUGAAUAACACUACACAACUUUCUUCACAAUAGUACAAAUGUCGGAGUCAUAGGCGUAUCUACUGGAGGGGCAAGGGGGACGCUGACCCCCUUGCGCCUCCGGUACAUACGCUAGCCCCCCUGGUCAUUG